AUGCUUCUCGACACAUUAGUGACUGAAUCUGAGGAAUAUCCCAGUGUAGUUCGACGAACAUCCCUUCAUGGGAAAGCCUUGGAAGUUUUGUUUAGCCGAAAAGAGUCAUACUAUCGAAAGCACCAGGCUAUCACGUACAACUUCCUUGAAAGACCCAAAACACGACGGGCUCUAAUUUACCAUUCGUUUGUAUUUACGUCUGUACUUGCUUGUCUCAUCACCAGCGUUCUUUCAACAAUUGAGGAAUUUACAGUUCCAGCGUCUAAAGCUCUUGUGUAUAUGGAGUUGGUCCUUCUAUUUUGGUUCUUCAUUGAAUACAUUGUGCGCCUAUGGAGUGCGGGAUGUCGUCCACGAUAUCAGACAUGGAAAGGACGUCUUCGUUUUGCAAGGCGACCUUUCUGUAUUGUUGAUAUUAUUCUAAUCGUUGCCAGUGUGAUAAUACUAGCAGGUGACAAUUCAAGCAAUAUGUAUGCUGCGAGUGCACUACGUGCACUCCGGUUCUUUCAGAUCCUCCGAAUGAUUCGAGUCGAUCGAAGAGCAGGUUCUUUCAAGCUUCUAGCGUCUGUUGUCUGGGCCCAUCGUCAGGAAUUGUUUACAACAAUGUAUAUCGGAUUUUUGACGCUUAUUUUUGGAUCUUUUCUCAUUUUCUUGGUGGAAAAGAAGGAAAACAGGAAAAUUCAAAGCUUUGCGGACGCUCUUUGGUGGGGAAUUAUCACCCUCUGUACAGUAGGUUAUGGAGAUACGGUGCCGAAAACGUGGAUAGGAAAAAUUAUAGCAGCAUUCUGUGCCAUUGCUGGGAUCUCCUUCUUUGCAUUGCCUGCAGGAAUUCUUGGAAGCGGAUUUGCUUUGAAGGUGCAGCAACAGCAACGGCAAAAGCACCUAAUUCGACGCCGCGUGCCUGCAGCUACCCUCAUUCAAUGCAUGUGGAGAUGCUAUGCAGCCGAUAAGAAGUCCACAUCUGUUGCCACCUGGAAUAUUUAUCGACCACAAACUUAUCUCGAGCCAAUUUUUAGAAGCAACGCGGGUUCAAUUUCGGAACGAAGUGGACUCGGUCGUUUUGGUCAACGUCUCUCAUCAAUUCGUAGAAGAGCAGAAAGGCUAAAGCUUGGUAACCCAGCCCCCGGAAGCGGUCUAAGGCCAGCACUCGCACAAGCCAACCUCUCCUUCAUUUUGCCCUCACCGUUGUUCGGUGGGAAAGAGGAAAAUAAUGUAAAAUCUUUUGACUGCGUUUCCACUUCACCGCUCAAUCCCACGACGUUUCUUAGAAAAACCAAAUCGGAAUACAAAAUCGAUGAGAGUAGACGAAAAUUUAUCACUUCGGAAAAUGCAACGCAGUGA